AUGGAUUUAUAUGGUAAUAUUUGUGAACUAGAUAUAACUUUUGGAUUUGAUGAAGUUUAUCAUGUAUUAGAUGAAUUAAUUAUUGAUGGAUAUAUUCAAGAGGGUUCUAAAAAGGAAGUCUUGGAAAGAGUUAAUCAACAAGAUGAGUUAGAGAAUAAAGAUGAAUUUGAGAAGAUAUUGCACCACGAAUACAAACAAACAACUAUGUUUAGAAAUCAAGCAAAGGAUAGUAGAGAAUCACCUAUAAAGAAAAGCCCUAGUCUUAUUGAAAAACGACAACAAUUAGAUUCAGCUUUAGCAUCAGGAAAACCAUUAUCAAAAGAAGUAGCAGAAGAUGAAAAUCUACAAAAAGACUUUUUAUAUGAUCAAAGUAUUCAAGAUGAAUUUGAAAUAGAUGAUGAAUAUAGUGCAUUAUCAGGAAUAAAUGAUCCAAAAAUAUUAAUAAUUACAUCAAGAAAUCCAAGUGUUAAAUUAUUACAAUUUUCAAAAAAAGAAAUAAAUUUAAAGUUUCCAAAUAGUUUAAAAUUAAAUCGUGGUAAUUAUAUUAUAAAUGAUUUGGUUAAAACUUAA